AUGUAUCCUGCCACAACGUCGUCUCAGUCGAUGCUGCUUCCGAGGAGUAGCUUAGGACCUCCGAUAGUGGGACCUUUCGCUCCCAAGUGUGAUCUGGAAUUGAGUUUGAACUUUUCAUCGCAGGACGAAGGUGAACCAACUUCCGCUUCGGCCUUAGCAAGUGUUUGCGCCUUGAGUUACCUCCCAGUGGAUUCAGUGUCAAAAUCGUAUCCGGUGGAAGAAAUUUGCCAAAAAACUGCCCUACCCGGGGGAAGACGGAUUACCAUAAGAAAGUCGAGUUCAACGGGUCUGUUGACCCCAAACGAGGCGGACAGUGUUAUGAAGAGUUGUAAUUGGAUCCGAUCGAUCAAACUGGCAAGUGAUGUGAGAAGUUAUAAUUCAGUGCUCGAGUUGACCACCAAUCAGAUGAUAAGACUAAGACUAACUCAGGACCUCAGCGAAGACGAGGAGCUGAAACUUUGGUUCUCCGAAGAUGUUGCGGCCCAUAUGCAGAUUCCGUUCCUGACGCCAGCCAACAUUCAACGCCAAAACUGCUACGUGUGUCACAUCUGUGGCAAAUCCUACGAGUACCCCAACCCCCUCAAAAUCCACAUAGCCACCGACUGCGGCCAACAAUCGAUGACCAUCCUGUGGCAGAGACUUCUUCACAGCAUUUCGCGCUACAACUUUGCAACCGGAUGCGAAUUUCAACCGUGGCGCAGUUCAGCCUUUCGUCCGGUUCUGAGCACCCAUCCUAUGAAAGUGGAGCUUUCGCCGCCACAUCCUCCACCACCACCGCAGAACAAGUCUCCCCUAUUGGAACCGCCAUCUCUGCACCAUCAUCUUCAUCAUCCCCACCAUCACAAUCCGCUGGUGGACGAAUCGACUAUGGUAACAGCUGCCCAUCUGGAAACGAUCGUCAGCAACAUGGGUUCGUCCAAGCAAGGCCACAUCUGUAUAUACUGCGGAAAACUGUAUUCGCGAAAGUACGGUCUGAAGAUACACAUCAGGACCCACACUGGGUUCAAACCAUUGAAAUGCCAAUACUGUCUGAGGCCCUUCGGUGAUCCGAGUAAUUUGAACAAGCACAUAAGACUGCACCGACAGCAUGAUAGCUCACUUUACGAGUGUAACCUGUGCGGGAAGAAACUGGCAAGGCGGAGGGAUCUCCAAAGGCAUCUUCAGUCCCGUCACAACAGCAAUCAGGUCAUCGAAAGCUCAACUUCCGAAGAGGAGGAAGAAGUUGCAUGA